AGCCGGGUGGGCGGUCCAGAUCGAGGGCAGCGGCUACCUUCUGAAUCCCCAGCCAGCCGGGUACGGCGUCGGCCACCAUGUCCCUGGCGGCCUCAGCGGGCCGGGGCCUGGGGACCAUGUGGUCCCCCACACAUGUCCAGGUGACGGUGCUACAGGCGCGGGGCCUGCGGGCCAAGGGUCCCGGGGGCACGAGCGACGCGUACGCGGUGAUCCAGGUGGGCAAGGAGAAGUACGCCACGUCGGUGUCCGAGCGCAGUCUGGGCGCGCCCGUGUGGCGCGAGGAGGCCACCUUCGAGCUGCCGCCACUGCUGUCCUCGGGGGCCUCGCCCGCCGCCGCCACCCUGCAGCUCACCGUCCUGCACCGCGCUCUGCUCGGUCUCGAUAAGUUCCUGGGCCGCGCCGAGGUGGACCUGCGGGAGCUGCACCGGGACCAGAACCGCAGGAAGAAGCAAUGGUACACCUUGAAGUCCAAACCAGGAAAGAAGGACAAAGAGCGGGGAGAGAUUGAGGUCGACAUCCAGUUCAUGAGAAACAACAUGACCGCCAGCAUGUUUGACCUCUCCAUGAAAGAUAAGUCUCGGAAUCCAUUUGGAAAACUGAAAGACAAGAUCAAAGGGAAGAAUAAGGAUGGCGAGUCGGACACCGCUUCAGCCAUUGUCCCCAGCACGACACCCUCAGUGGACAGCGACGAGGAGUCUUUCUCAAAAGACAAGAAAAAGAAAUCAAAGAUCAAGACUUUGUUUUCCAAGUCGAAUUUGCAGAAGACGCCGCUCUCCCAGUCCAUGUCUGUCCUGCCUACUUCCAAGCUGGACAAAGUGCUGCUUCGUCCCGGCGACUUGCAGUCCCGGUGGGACGAUGAUGACAACGAGGAUGAGUCCUCCUCCGCCUCGGAUGUCAUGUCCCACAAGCGAACACCCAGCGCAGACCAUACACAACUGAACCAGACCAAGAAAGAGGGGCUGUCCUUCCUCGGGGGCCUCCGGUCCAAGACUGACUCCCUUUCGAGAUCUAACUUGUGCAUCAACGGGAACCAUGUUUACAUGGAGCAGCCAGAGGCCAAGAGUGAGAUCAAGGACAGCAGCCCUUCGAAUUCCCCGUCCCCGCAGGCCUUCAGGAGGAAGCAUGUGUUCUCUUCCACGGAGAACCUGGCUGCCCGAUCUCCUAAGGAGCCAGGGGAAGGAGGUAGCGUGACCGCUGACAGGCGACUGUCCGACUCUUCCAGCAAGGAUUCUGUGAAGUCCAUGUCUUUGCCGUCCUACCGACCCCUGACCAGUGGGGACAGUAGAGAGAGCAUGUCUCCAGCAAACACGGAGGCUACAAAAGACAGCAAGAAGCAGGAGAACAAGAAAUCCUCUUUGCUCUCUCUGGUGACAGGAAAGAAAGAUGUGGCGAAAGGCGGUGAAGGCGAGCCUCUUCCCACUGUCUCAGAGAAAGAGAAGGAGAGGCAAAGCGAGGGCACGGAAACCCAGCUGAGGGAGGAAGACCUUGGCCGCAGGUCUGAGAGAGAUGUUGCACCUGUUACCUCACAGUGGGGCAACUCCCUGAAUCCCUUUGAAGAUGUUCAGAUCUCAAACCCAGAAGCAGACCUGGAGUCUAAGUCUGAGCCGAAGCCACCAGUUCCCGCUCCAAGGGCUCCCCAGACCAAAGCUGUAAAACCUCGACUGGAAGUACCUCCAAAGGCCCAGCCCAAAGCCAGGCUUCCCUUCCCUGACUCUGCUCUGGCUCCUACUCUUCCUCCUAUCUUUUCUGAUGUGAUGGGUGACUCCGAGACACAAUCCUCUGAAAGUCCUUCUGCCUCCUCCUCUUUCUCCUCUCCCCUGGCAGCUCCCAUCUCCACAUCUACUCCAGUUGAACACUGGCCCCCCACAGGCAGAGGGGAGGCCGAUCCUGAAGAGCCGCCUCUGCUCCUCAGAGCGGACUCUCAGAGGGAGAGCUUAACACCAGCUCCAAACACUGGUUCUUCUGCCUUGGGUUCACCUUACAAACACCUUACCAUCCCAGCACCGAAAGGGGCUGAAGAGUCUUCAGGGGGCGAGACCAGGGAGACAGGCGCAGGGAAGGAAGCCGGCAGGGAUGAGUCAGGGCAGCCUGAAGAACUUGUGACAGUUCCUUUCCCCCAGCAACACCAUGUCCCCUCACCUGAAGAGGCCCAGGAAGAACCCCCUGUGCUUUCCCUCAGCAGUGGCAGAAUUGCAAACCCCGCUGAGAAGUCCCCCACAGGGGGAAACACAGACUCUGAGCAUCCGUCUAGGUCUUUUGUGGAGAAUGAUCACAACGGUGGAGUGACUUCUACAGCCAGAGAAGCAGCGCCCCUUGUUCAAGAGGAAGAGGCAGCCUCCCUGUUUGACAGCGCAGCCCAGAAACACAAAGGGAUGAAUCCGAAUGCCAGUGGAGGUCAAAAGAGAGUCAGGAAGCGUGUGUCCUUUUCUGAACAGCUCGUUGUAGAAGAAGAAACAGAAAAACCCACUGGGCUUGAGGAAGAGCAGCAGCUGACACGGGAAGGACCUGUUGCUGCAAGCAUGCCCGAUGAAGAGUCUCCAGAGUGUCCCCACACAGAAGGCACAGGAGAGGAUCCUGUGACAACAGCAGCUCAGUCCAUCCCUUCUGAAAGUGACAGUUUCUCUGAAGACCCCACAAGUGAAGUCAGCCCAGGAAGAGGUGGUGCCAGGCUCUGGAUGGUUGAGGAGAAUGAUGGCCUCGUGACACGGUAUCAGAGCAAGGCCAGUGAUCACGAAGGCCUGCUGUCUGACCCCCUGAGUGACCUUCCUUCUGCCUCUGAUGGGAAACCUCCUGUCAUGGCUGAUCUGAGCUUUUCUCUUCCUUCCAUUCCCGAAGUGGCUUCGGACGACGAAAGAGUAGAUGAAUCUGGAGAUGGAGGGAAGGCAGCCGAGCCAGAAGCGGGAAUUCCUCCUAGGAAUGUGUCGCCUUCUGGUGUGGAGAAAGCAGAGGGACCCAGUGGCAGGGCACAUGGGUCAGUGCUCGUGGAGAAUCUUCACGACUUCAGGCCAGAGGUUCCCGCAGUGGCUCCUUCCCAGCACACGGCAGCAUCGGGAACUCCUAAGUCACACGCUGGCAAGAGCUCAAGAGUGAAUAAACGGUCCCCUGGCCCUGGUAGUGUCGAGGAAGAGGAACGGAAGGGAGGUGGGAGGCCAGGUUCGCCUCUCCACACGUCCCAGGGCUCCCCGGGGCCCAGCCCCUCACCCUCUGCAACCUUUUCUGCUGCACACUCUUUGCCUGGCUCUCCACAUUCCGACACUCCCCAUACCAGUGUAGCAGACUCUCCAAAAAAAACAACAGAAGGCUCAGCCGCUAAAGUUGAAAAUUUUGGCAAGAAGAAGCCACUUCUACAAGCCUGGGUCACGCCCUCAGAGAUACAUCCAGCCUCAGCUCAGCCAAAUGCUGGAGUUGGGGCGGCCAAGCACAGGCUUCAUCCCGUGAAGCCAAUGAACACAACAGCCACCAAGAUUGCAAACCCUAGCUUGGGAACUGCUGCCAUCAUCAGUGAGAACCUGAUCAACGAAGCCAUAAUAAAGAAAUACCAGCCCUCAGAUCCUGCCUUCGCCUACGCGCAGCUGACCCACGACGAGCUGAUCCAGCUGGUCCUCAAACAGAAGGAAACCAUCAGCAAGAAGGAGUUUCAGGUGCGGGAGCUGGAAGACUACAUUGACAACCUGCUAGUCAGAGUCAUGGAGGAGACCCCCAACAUCCUCCGAGUGCCGACCCAGCUUGGCAAAAAGGCUGGAAAGAUGUGAACCACAGGAAGGAACUGGAGAUGCUUUGUGAGCUUGUUUCCACCGACUCUCAAGGUCAAGGGCAAGGUCUUCGUAGUAACCAGCACACAAGCUCUCAUCACCGGGUGGGUGCCUUGUCUACCAAGAGUUUAUUCUCCUAGUUCAAACCAGGUUAAUCAUUACAAUGAGUCUUUUCUAUACAUUCCCAGCGGUUUGUUUUUAAAUGCCACUGUGCCUUUAACUAACUUGUAAGAUUUGAUCCUGAGCCAUCGACUCGGGAGGCAUCAUCGGAACCUAAUGGAUUUUAACUCUGGGGUUUUCGCCCUUUGGAUACCGAGAUCUUCAAGUAUGUAUCCUCCCUGAAGCCAGGCUUAGGGUGAGAUCAGAAAGGAACUGUACAAUGGAUACAGCCCCCCAUUUCUUGGCCUUCAGGCAGCUCAGGUGUGGGAGAUGCUAAAUUUUUAUGUUUUGUGAACUUCUCAGACUCAAGGAUUGUCUUGGUAGGGUUUUUGUUGAGGGGGCAUUGUUCUGUUUUUCAAAUAGGCUGUGGGAUAGCCUGGGCUGCUCUUGACCUCACUGUAUAGCUGAGGCUAGCCUUCUUCUGAUCUCCUGCCUCCACUUCCCAAGCGUCGGGAAUGCCGUCAUGUUGAUGCCUCUUGCCUGGAGCACAGCUGUUUACGGAAGCCUCUGAGCAUGCUUCUUAGACUUGGAACAAAUUGCCCUUCAGGUCUGCCUCUUAACCUUAAAACUACAAUUUGUGGGCGGGGAGAUUCAGCUUAGGGGGUGAAGGACUUGCACUGCAAACAUGAGAAUCUGUAUUUGCAUUCUUGGCACCCACGCAAAAGAGCCAACAGUGGUGGCAGGUGCCUGGGUGGGGGUGGGGGUGGGUGGGUGAGAGGGGCAGAGACAGGCAGAUCCCAGGGACUCACUGGCCAGCCGUUCUAGCCGAGACAGGGGACUCUGGAUUCAGUGAGGGGCCCUGUCUUAAUAAGACGAAAAGCUACCUUAAAUCUCUGCCCUUCAUAUGAUCCCACAUAGGUGAACACACCCCACACGUGUACAUAUGCACACACACACACACACACACACACACACACACACAGACACACAGACAUGCCACCCACACCCACAGGCACGUAUACACACUGUGCUUUUUAGGUUCAUAGGGCCAUCUCCUGGAGCCAUGAAGGAAUUAAGGAGGCACUUUUCAGGCUGGCUCAGCGGUUAAAAGCACUGGCUGCUUUUCUAGAGGGACCUAGGUUCAAUUCCCAGCACCCACAUGGUAGCUCACAACUCUCUGUAACUCCAGUUCCAGGGGAUCCAACACCCUCACAGAUGUCUGUGCAGGUAAAACACCAAUGCACAUUUUUUUUAAAAAGUCACUUUUCAUUUAACUGGGAAAAAUGGUCAGAGUCCCUCCUCUCAUGCUGACAGGGUUCCUGUUGCUGGAGAGAGGACUAAGCGAUGCAGACAAUACUCCAGCCGUCCUGUGAGUUAGAGAAUGACUUCAGGAAGGCUCCCUUGGCCAUGUCCGUGCUUCUGUCUGCUUGAUUUGUGUUGGCUUUCCUGGCAGCGCUCAUAGAAGGGAGUAGCCAGAGCCCACCAGUUCCUAGGGGCCUUGGGCAAGGGGCUCAGUGGUAGCGAGCACCUGCCACUCCCACCCCCCACCCCCACCCCCACACUUGCUUUUUGAUUGCCGCUUCCUGAUUUGGGGGGGUUUUGUUGUUGCUGCUACGUUGAGACAGGAUCUCACUGGCUUCAAACUUUUGUCCCUCUUGCCUUGUCUUUCCAAACACUGGGGUCAUGGGUAUGUGUCACCAUGCCUGGUACAUUGCUGUAGUUUUUAAACUAGAAUAUAUAUAUAUAUAUAUGUAUAUGUAGUUUUAAAAUGUAGAUAUAUAUCAAUCCCAUUUCAUUGCUGGUCACUUCAUGCUAGAAUUAAAAGUGUUUCAUGUUGUUCCUUUUUUUUUUUCCUGGUUGUAGUGAUCUUAACAUCUCUGCUAGGGGUAAUCACAGGCCAAUGAAAUGGACAGGGUGGAGGUGGUGGUCGUUAUCAAUGAAGAAUCUCUCUGUGUAUGUCCUUGUCGUCGGAAGAUGAGGACCAUUGGUUACACUGAAGCACUUUAAGCUGAUGGGCAGGACUCUAACUUGAUUUAUCUAAUGAUCCACACCUAUUCUUAUUUAAUCUCUCCUACAAUAUUAGGGACCACUGCAAAUUUCUGAGAUAAUUUGUAAAUUUUUUAGUGUUGUAAAAUUCAUUAACAUGCCUAUAAAAAGCAUAUUCACUUGAA